AGAGGGAGAGAUAUCUAAAACCGGAUAGCUAACACCAAUAUUCAUUCAAUUACCUCUCUCUCUCUCUCUCUCUCUCUCUCUUUCUCUCCGAGUCUCUUCUUCAUAAUCCAGUUUAUAUAUGGCAUCUAAUUUUGUCAAGAACAAUAAGAAUACUGGUAGAAUUUCUUCAACAAUGGAGAGAACUGGCCAAUGGGUUUUCUCACAAGAAAUCCCAACCGAUAUCAUCGUUGAAGUCGGGGAAGCAAAUUUUUCCCUCCAUAAGUUUAUGCUUGUUGAGAAAAGUGGAUAUAUCCGAAGAAUGAUAAUGGAAACCGACGAACCAGAUUUAAGUAGAAUCAAUCUUUCCGAUAUACCAGGAGGUCCUGAAAUAUUUGAAAAGGCUGCAAGAUUCUGCUACAGUGUCAAUUUUGAGAUUACGGUUCAUAAUGCUGCGGCACUUCGUUGUGCAGCGGAAUAUCUUGAAAUGUCUGAACAAUAUUAUGAAGGUAAUUUAAUUGGGAGGACGGAGGAUUUUCUAUCUCAGGUGGUAUCUAUGGGACUUCCAAGUGUUGUUGCAGUGUUGAAAUCUUGUGAAAAUCUUCUUCCCAUGGCUGAACAACUACAAAUCGUAAAAAGAUGCGUCGAUGUCACAACUUCUAAGGUGCAUAACGAAGCAAAAUUUCCUAGUCGUUCACCUGCAAAUUGGUGGACAGAAGAACUUACCAUUCUAGACAUAAAUUCAUUUAAAAGAAUCAUUUGCUCUUUGAAAGCUCGUGGAACAAAAACUCAUUUGAUAUCUAGUGUUUUGAUAACGUAUGCCGACAAAGCAUUGCGAGAUCUAGUUCGCGACCAUUCUGGUACAGGAAUAGCCAUGUUGUCAGAUGCUAGUAACAGUGAAGUCAGAAACCAACAGAAGAAUCUUUUGGAAUCCAUUACAUCCCUUUUACCACCGGAGAAGUCUGCACUUCCCGUCAAUUUCUUGUGUUGUCUUCUAAGGUCCGCAAUUUAUUUGAACGCGACGACUAAUUGCAAGAAUGAACUGGAAAAGAGAAUUUCUAAUAAUUUGGAAAAUGCUACUGUGGAUGAUCUGUUGAUUUUAUCAUUUACUUAUGAUGGAGAGAAAAUCUUUGAUUUGGAAAGUGUAAGAAGGAUAAUUGCAGGAUUUGUUGAGAUUGAGAAAAGUGUAUCGGUUUUUAACGUUACUAACUUGGAGGAGACUUGUUCAGCAGCCAUGGAAAGAGUUGCCAAGACGAUUGACGCAUUUCUUGGUGAGAUUGGGAUGUAUGCGGAACUGAGUAUUUCCAAGUUCAACGGGAUUGCAAAUUUGGUACCAAGGACUGCACGAAAGAUCGACGAUGAUCUUUACCGCGCUGUUGAUAUUUACUUGAAGGCUCACCCAAAUUUAGAUGAGAUUGAAAGAGAAAAGGUUUGCAGUGUGAUGGACCCGCUGAAGCUAUCCCACAAUGCCCGGCUCCACGCUUCGCAAAACAAACGAUUGCCGGUUCAGAUUGUGCUUCACGCUUUAUAUUACGAUCAGCUCAAGCUAAGGAGUGGUACUGUUGAGGAUAGGAGCAUAAAGAAUGACGCUGCAUCAACUAGAAUUCAGUUGGAAGCCGAUGUGUCCCUAAUGAAAGAAAAUGAGACCUUAAGAUCGGAACUUAUGAAAAUGAAGAUGUACAUUUCUGAUAUUCAAAAGGGUCCCGGGCCUUCUUCAACAUCUAAGAGUGUCCAAAAGAAACCAAAGUUCUUCUCGUCCGUGUCGAAAACUUUCGGAAAGUUGAAUCCGUUCCGUCAUGGAUCCAAAGAUACAUUGAAUAUUGAUGAUGGUUCCGACGAGGCACCCAAGCCUAGGAGAAGAAGGUUCUCGAUUUCGUAAUCUCAAUCGGAGGGAUCGGCUCAAGUUUUAUAUGUUACAAAAUGUUUUGGAAAAAUAAAAAAAGACGGUUGAAAUUAAUUUGUUAAAUUAUGAAGUUAUUACUAGAGUUGUAUCGUGGAUUUGAGCGUGAUUUUGUACAGUUUCUUGAUUUUUUCUUUCUUUUUUUGUAACACUUGUUGUUCUUGAUCUGUGAAAAAACAUUGUUCUCACUGCCUUUUCUC